AUGGAAACAAGUUACGAUAUAAUUAGAUCUGGUACAAAGAAGACUUUGGCUGAAAUUGAUACUCAAAACUCAGUGCCAAGUUUUGACGAAAACGUGCGUUUUGAUACAAAUCGAUUAAAUACAAUUUUGAGUGCUGAAUACUUGGUAUCUGAAGAAAAAUCAGCAGAGGAAAUAAAAAAGCAAAAAGAUAUUUUUGAGCUUAAAUCGGUAUUGGAUGAAUUGAUUGAUGAUAACUAUCAUAAAGAAGAAAUCCUUGAUCAACUUAUUUCAGUUUGCCAAUCGUUAACUGGCUUAGCAUCUCCAAUAAAACCAAAAUCAUCAUCUUCUAGACGCUCACCUGAGCUAUUUCAAAACUCAAAUGUAUUUGCUCUGCUUUCUCCAAAAAGCUCGACACGUCUUUUAGAAAAAUUGGCAAUGCUAUUUUCUAUAAAUAAUAAGCUUUCUAUGGCUUUUAUUUCUAAAAAUACAUUUCGGGCAUUUAUUCGAAAUAAAUCUUAAAUUUAAUAGUAAAUUAAUUUUUUUUUCUAUAAAAAAAACCCUUACCCCUUAGAAAAUGAAAUUAUUGACCUAAAAUCUAGGCUAGAAGAAGCUGAAUUAAGUACAUCUGAUGAAGCAUUUAAUUCAAAAGGGCUGAUAGAAAUGAAAGCCAAAGAGUGGAAAAAUUUACAAAUAUGAAAAGAACGAGUAAAAGAAGCUAUGAAUCUGCAGAAAGAAAUUGAUCCAAAACAUGAUGAAGUAAACAGCACAAAAAUUGUGGCCAAAAAUAACUUUAUAUUAGCUCAAAAUCAAAAUAUGAACUAUAUUUAUAUCACUAAAAAUAUUAAACUUGAGCAAGAAAGAAAAUACGAAGCCCAAUUAAAAAUCAGGGACGAUUUAAGAAGCGAAAUUGUAGGAAUUAUUGAAAAUAUAGGCCAACAGUCAUUGAUUUCUGAGAGGAGAAAAGAAAACUAUAACUCAAUGAUGGCUGCCCUUAAAGUAGAAAUCGAAAAAUACGAAGGCAGCUCCGUAAAAGAAAAAGAGAAUAAUCAGAAACUUGUAUAUUAUAGAGAAAGACUAGAAAUAAUAAAAAAAAUAAUCGCAAAUUACGAUGAUACCCUUCAAAUUACAGAGCCAUUAGAUGAGAAAUCAAUAAGAAAUAUCAUACAGGUGUAUAACGAAAUGUCAUUCAAAGAGUCGUCUUUAAGUGACAGAUUCCAAGAACUGACUCAUGAGGAAAUAAAGAAAAAACAAGCCUGCUUAGAAAUUUCUCAGCAGCUUGAAUUAUUAAAAGCCGAUCAAAUUAGUCCAAACCCAUCAAGUUUUUCGUCAACUUUUAAUCAGAAAAAAAUGAUUUUAGAUGAUAAAGGCCUAAUAAAUUUCAAAUUAGACCAUUUACAUGACAUGGAAAAAUGCUUACUCAAAAUGUUUUUCCAAGUCCUAAAUUUUGGGUCUUUUUUAUGCAGCUCAGUUGUCAAAAUCACAAAAUAUUGCGAAAACAAUGAAUUCGAUGCUUACACAAUCCAAAAAGCCCAAAGAGUAAUAAAUGAUCUCCAAAAAGGGUUCGGAAAUCCUGAAGUAAGUGAUGUAAAUAAAAGGAAUUUUAUGAGAAAAAGAUAUACGUUAGUGCCUAAUAAGCAACCUCAUAGCAUUUUUAAAACUGAUGUAGAGCUUUCGCCUAGAGCAAACAGUGACACUACGAUUUAUUCUUUAUUGUCUGCAGGAGAUAUUUACAAGCUUUACCGUCAAUAUUGAUCUGAUCGUAUUUAUGAUAAAAAAUUAGUCGCAAUUUUAACAGAUAAUCCUAUAAUAGGGUAUUUUCUUACAUUAAAACAAAUAGAAGCUUAUUUUCAAGACCAGUCCACCACUAAUGAUUUAUUUGAAAAUCUUUGACAAUUAAACCUACAAGCCCAUUUAAAGCUCCAAGAACAAUUUAUGAAUUUAAGCCACGUCACAAGAGAUUUAAUAUGGCAAACCAGCAAAAAUAUCGCAGCUAAGACUGAAGAAAUCCAAGAAAAAUCACCUUUAUUAGAAAUUCAAAAAAAAGAAAAAACCAGAGGACUUCAAAGAAGGGACACAAAGGCAUUUUUAAUUUCCCAAAAAGCGAAAAAAAAUGAUCCUUUGUCAAGGGACGAGUCUAAUGAAGGGUCACAAAAUACCUUUAAAAGCAGCGAAACACAAAAAAUUGACAAAAAAGAAGACGAGUUUGACUUGACGAGCAUUAAAAGUCCGAAUCGAGAAACUGAUGGAAACAGCAAAGAAGAUGAUGAUAGCUUAUGCACUGAUUUAGAAAGUGUUAUAUACUGGCUUAUAUAAACCAAAAUUUUUUUUUUUAAAUUUAAAUUUUAGUAUUAAUCUCUCUAAAUAGAUAUAAAAUUCAGAAAUCCACCACAGAAAAAAAUUGAAAUUGGCGGGCUUAGUAACCAUGCUGUGCUGCAAGAAAUGAAAGAUAUAAAAAGCAAGCUGAAAGGAAUUAAAAGUCAAGAAAGAAAAGCUAAUGCGACUAAUGUAGAAAAUACAAAAUUUUUCUGGUCUCCGAAAUCAAUGAUGUUUGGGCUUCAUAAAAGGAACGAAGAAGGUGCUACCCAGCCAACCAGGCCUUCAACAUAUUCAAUAUCGACAAGAAAACACAGAAAAAUAAUGUAA